AUGGAAUGGGUGGUGGUGGAGUCAACGUUGCCAAUCGCGUACAUCGCCCUGUGUGUUGCGGUGGUGAACUUCGGGGCGGUUGCGCCUCGGCAGGAUCGUGACGUGGUUGCGUUGGACGAGCCGUGGCUGCCGGAUCUGGAGCAGUCGGGUCCGACGGCGUCUGCGAACAUUUCGUUAGGUUCUGUGGUGGGGUCCGAGGUUGAGGAGGGACGCGUGGCGGUGAUUCCGGUACUGACGGCCGAAGAGGACUCGGUGGCGGGUAAUGGGUCGAGUAGCGCACCUUCCGCCUCCGGGUCGGGAGCCCCGUCUGGGUCCCGACCUGGUGACGACGCCGGGAGUCCGGGUAAGCAUUUGAUUUGCGUGACCAAGACGCCUGUGACGGAGUUCCGCCAAGUCACAUGCGGGGCCAUGACGCUAAUCGCGCUGACUUGCGGGUUAGCGUUGACCAUUGGCUGUGCGCGCUACGGGAAUAGCCCAGCCGCGGCGUUGUUGAGGCUGCAGACCUACGGACUCAUCGGCAUCUCCGUGGCUGGCUGUUGCUGUCUACAGUUCUACCGGUCAGAGUGCUUCAAACCCAGCCUGCCCCGCGCGACGGGCUAUCUGCACAGCUGGAGACGGAGUCAGAGAGAGAGUCGGAGCAAGGAAAGGGUCAUGAUUGGCUUUUGGAUUAUUGCCAUUUUGGUGUACGCGCUACGACUGAACACGUCUUUGCUACAUGCAGGAGUUUCACAACAUGCCCGGAUGUGGUCCUUCGGAUCACCGAUUGACGGCUUUCGAAUGAGUACGAAUGGAGCGGAUGUUAGCCCGGCGAAUUUGAGUGGAGCAAAUUUGAGUGGAGUGGAUGGGAACGGAAUGGGGGUCAGUGAUGGCGGUUUCUUGCUGUGGAGAUUGGAGGCGAUAGUUGAUUUAGUGUGUUUUGUGAUUUCUGUGGUCGGUUUAAUUUCGUUUUUGAAGCCGAAUCGGCCGCGUGAGGACGUGGAUGGUGUUUUAGCACACGUGUUCGAUGACGGCACAGGCUACAUCCGGCCGGCUACGAGGAAGCCGGAGACGCCGGAAUUGACUAGCGGUUUCAUGCAGCUUAUUACCUUCUCGUGGAUGAACCCGCUGUUCAGUAAGAAUCGGUCCCUGGUGCCGGAUGACCUGUAUCGGCUGAGGGAAUUUGAUCGAGGGUACGCCGUCUAUGCGCGUAUGCAGUGCAUUUGGGAGCGGGGACGUGUGGAUGACUCGCUGCGGCUGGCUAAAUGUCUGCUUCGUUUCGUCAUGCCCCAUUACAUGUAUGCAGGCAUCUUGAAGUUGGCGAAUGAUUCAUUGACGCUAUUGGACAUCCAGCUGCUCAAUUUGGUUGUCAUUUACAUGACCGCGGUAGACAAGAACAUGACCGCGGUCGACUCCGCGGGGGUAGAUGAGACGGGUACUAAUGGCUUAUGGUUGGGUGGUCUGUUGGUGGUUUUGAUGGGAGUGAAUUCGUUGGUGGAGACGGCUUUAAGUCAGCAAUACUUUAACCGGAUGAUGAUUUGUGUCUUGCGAAUUAGAUCUGCAGUGGGUACGGCAGUGUAUGUAAAAAGUUUAAAGGUUGAUCCUGGUCAACUUUCGGGUGGUCAAUCAAAGGAAUUUACGUCGGGUAAGACAAUUAAUUUGUUGUCUACAGACGCGCAACGGAUCGGAAAUAUAAUGCGAAACAUCCAAGUGUUGUGGUUCUCACCGUACCAAAUCGUAAUAAUCAGUUUCAUGCUUUACAAGGAGUUGCGAUACGCGGCCUUUGGCGGUAUUGUGGUGAUGUUGUCCUGCAUGCCGAUCACUAGCGCGAUUACAAAGCGGACGAGACGUCUGCAGAAGGCCGUAAUGGAACUAAAGGAUGAGCGUCUGCGCGCGACCACGGAGGCCGUCCAAGGCAUCAAGGCUAUAAAGGUCUACUCCUGGGAAAGACCGAUCAUCGAUUUGAUAACAGCAAUCCGGCGCAAAGAGCUUAAUGCCCUGUUGAAAACUCAACUCAACUUACUCUUGGCUCGUUUCGUCCUAGCACUCAUACCAGUCCUCGUCGCCGUCGUCAGCUUUGGGUUUUACGUAGUCGUCCUCGCACAACCACUCACACCUGCUGUUGCAUUUACCUCCCUCGCCCUCUUCAACAAACUCCGUGGACCACUCAUGCAACUCCCCAACGUCAUCAUGUCCCUUGCCGAAACCAUGGUCUCCGUCAACCGAGUCCAGGACUUCCUCAACCUCCCCGAAUUACCCAAAAAGCAAGACUUGCCCUGCCAAUCCACUCCACGCUGCAUCCAUCACACUCCACCCGUGUUUGUACACGCCAACCAAGUCACCGUUACCUUCGACGCAGAGCCACAAUACAGCGGCUCCGAACCUGCCGGCUCCGACUACGUGGGCUCUGACCGUGCGGGCGGCAACGCCCCAGCCGCUAGUUCUCACGGUACUAGUUUUCACGCCGACAACUUCCACAGUGAUACUCCCAACGGCACGGGAAACAGCACGACCCAUCCGAAUGGCGACCACGGAACCGAGACUCCACUCCUACUGGACUUCAAAGAACAGGGUAAGUCGCCCUUGAACAAUCAUGAGAAGGGAAUUGUCGAGAACAGAAUCAUCGAGACCACGGGUGAAGAGACCACGAGUUCUGUCUUGUUCAAGGACGUUUCGAUGGAGGUUCGCAAGGGCGAGUUGCUAGCAUUGGUGGGUCGCACGGGUUGUGGUAAGUCGGUGUUGUUGGAGGUGUUGGCUUCUGAGUUUCAUUGCGGGCGGAAGGGUGAGGUGGAUGUGCGUGGUCGUGUGGCGAUAUGCACGCAGACUGCUUGGAUCCGAUCAGGUAGUGUGCGUGACAACAUUAUAAUGGGUCAUGGAUUCGAAUCCGGACGAUAUCAGAAAGUGGUGAAGGCGUGUGCUUUGGAGGCGGACUUUGCGAUUUUGGCGGAUGGCGAUUUGACUGAGAUCGGUGAACGCGGUGUCAACUUGUCGGGAGGGCAGAAGCAACGCAUAGCGUUAGCUCGUGCAGUGUACUUCGAUGCCGACGUGUAUCUUCUGGACGACGUAUUGAGUGCUGUGGACACACACGUUGCCGCACAUAUUUACAAACAUGUGUUGCGCGGUCUGCUGCGGCAUAAGGCGGUGGUGAUGGCGACGCAUCGGUUUGAGUGCCUGCACAGUGCGACCCAAAUCUACUUAUUGCGUCCGGGGCAGCUUCCGCGUGUAUUCUCUAGCCUGGCCGAGGCCUAUACGGACGCAGACUUCAGCCAGCUCGCCAACUCCGACGCCCAACAGUCGCCCCGAAAUGUCAACGGGUCGGAGUGGGGUUCACCCACCGAUUCGGAGUUAGGUGGUGGUGGUGGUGGCAAGGUGAGAGGCGGCAGACUGGGCAGUGGUAGGCUGGGCAAGGACUCUCCGCGCCAGCCGUACCGGAGCUGGGAUUUCGGAUACGUGGGAGCGGGCCCAGAAGGAGCACUUAACGGGCCCGGAUUGCUAAGCAAACUCGUCGUGUCCGCGCCCCUGGCAUACGGUCUGGUGGAGACAGCCGCUCCUGUAGCCUCCAUGGUCACCACUACCUCUUCGGUCCCCAUGGACGAGAUGACCUUCGACGAGAUGACCGUCGACGAGUCCAACGGGCUCCAGACUGUGGACUCACAGGUCCUCAACGGCGCCGCGGUGAGCGAGUUUGGUCAUGGAGACAAUUUAUCGAAGGAGAAACGGGACGGCAAGAAGCGGGGUAAGCCGCAGACGUUGGUGGAACGGGAGAUGAUGGGCGAGGGACAGGUGGGCAAGGAGGUGUAUCUUUGCUACAUCCAAGCCGGCGGUGGCGUGGUGGUUAUGGCGUUACUGGUCUUCCUGCUGGUGUCAACCUACGGCGUGUCAGUGGGUUCAACCUUCUGGCUCUCGUACUGGUCGGAUCAUAGCGGGAAGGACAUGACCGUUGCUCGCGGGUUGGGGACGUACGGGGCCUUCCAGGCGGCGCAGUUGGUGUUGUUGCUGUGGGUCCUGAGUGUGUUGAUUUACGUCUCCCAAAGGGCCGCACGCGUGUUCCAUACAAGGAUGUUGUACCGUGUAAUUCACGCGAAGGUACAGUUCUUCGAAUCGAACCCGAUCGGUCGGCUAAGCAACAAGUUCUCCAAAGACUUGUAUACGAUCGAUGAGUCGCUGCCGAGCACACUCUAUUCGUUUCUGUCACAGUUCGUGAACGUAAUCGGUGUGUUCAUGGCCAUCGGAAUCGUCAUUCCGGAAAUGGUCCUGGUUAUUCUCCCCACGCUCACACUCUAUAUCAUGAUCGAGAGGAUGUACGUGACGGUGGCGCGACAGUUCAAGCGCAUAGACAGUAUUUCGCGCUCGCCUGUGUUCACUCACUUCUCUGAAAGCCUCGAUGGCGCCAAGACCAUCCGGGUAAUGAAGUGCGUGGACCAGUUCAUUGGCCACCAUCUCAAGUGGCUCGACGAGAGCAUGAGCGCAAUCUAUAUUUAUACCGUGAGUAAUCGCUGGCUCUCGAUCCGAUUAGAAUGUGUGGGCACCAUCAUUGUCGUAUGCGCUGGCUUGUUCUGCAUCAUGCUUAAAUCCAGACUAACUGGCGGCAGCGCCGGCUUGGCGCUCAGCUACGCCAUCAAUGUAACCAGCUCCAUCAACUCCCUGGUCCGACUUUCCGGUGACCGCGAGACGGACAUCAUUGCACUGGAAAGGACCAUCGAAUACGACCAAGACGAGAACUGCCCCCAAGAAGACUACGUGGGGAAACCCAGGAGUCGAAAUACACCAUCCGACGUCAAUGUAUCCGGUAUCCAGACCAAGUCGUAUAUAGCGGUGGCGAGAUCAGGGGAGGCGAAAUCAGGUGAGUUAGCAACUGUGACCCGGUCGGGUGAGUUAGCAACUGUGACCCGGUCGGGUGAGUUAGCAACUGUGACCCGGUCGGGUGAGUUAGCAACUGUGACCCGGUCGGGUGAGUUAGCAACUGUGACCCAGUCGGGUGAGUUAGCAGCUGUGACCCAGUCGAACCGAGUCAUGUCUCAACAGGCUUCUGGAUCGACGAGUCUGGAGUUCAAGAAUGUGUCUUUACGUUACCGUGUUGGACUUCCAUUUGCACUUAAAAACGUUUCCUUUAGUAUCACCCGCGGUGAAAAGGUUGGCAUUGUUGGCAGGACUGGGGCGGGCAAGAGCUCGAUACUGGUAUGUUUGCUACGGUUGGUGGACGUUACGGAGGGUGAGAUACUGAUGAACAAUCGCAACAUUGACCGGCAUGCUGUGGACAGACUGAGGAUGGAAUUGGCUAUCAUUCCGCAAGAUCCGGUUGUCUUUACUGGCACUAUCAAGAGUAACCUAGACCCGUUCAGGAUGACAGACGCGGGAACCCUGUGGGAGGCGUUGGAAAAGGCGUGUUUGAAGACGUUCGUAGAGAGCCUACCUGGGCAGCUGGAGCAUCCGGUAUUUGAGAAUGGACGAAACCUGUCGGUAGGCCAAAAGCAACUCUUAUGUCUCGCAAGAGUCCUCAUUAGAAAGACCAAAAUUCUUUUGCUCGAUGAAGCAACCAGUGCGGUCGACCCACAAACGGACGCUCUCAUUCAACAGUGUUUAAGGACCGAGUUUAAGGAUACCACAAUUGUUACCAUUGCACAUCGACUCAAAUCAGUCGUAGACUACGACCGAGUCAUUGUCAUGGACGCGGGCACCAUCAAAGAACAAGGGAACCCAGAAACGCUUCUACAAGAUCGUGCUUCCGAAUUCUACACCAUGUAUAACCAGCACAAUUAA